ACACAAACUCAGAACAUUCCGAACAAGCACCGCCGCCACCGCAUCUCAACUAGUUUCCAGUUCCCCGGAGAAGAAGAAAGAUGGCCGGAAGGAAGGGCGGAGACAGGAAGAAGGCGGUGACCCGCUCCGUGAAGGCCGGGCUCCAGUUCCCCGUCGGCCGCAUCGGGCGCUACCUGAAGAAGGGCCGCUACGCCCAGCGCGUCGGCUCCGGCGCCCCCGUCUACCUCGCCGCCGUCCUAGAAUACCUCGCCGCCGAGGUCCUGGAGCUUGCCGGCAACGCGGCCAAGGACAACAAGAAGACCCGCGUCGUCCCGCGCCACCUGCUUCUCGCCGUCCGCAACGACCAGGAGCUCGGCAAGCUGCUCGCCGGCGUGACCAUCGCCCACGGCGGCGUGAUCCCCAACAUCAACUCUGUGCUGCUCCCCAAGAAGUCCGCCGCCGCGGCCGAGAAGGAGGCCAAGUCCCCCAAGAAGAAGGCCGCCACCAAGUCCCCCAAGAAGAAGGCCGCCGCCACCAAGGAGUAGGCGCCCCGUAGCCUAGCCUGCACUGCUUAGUUCGAUACCAGGGAGAAGAUGAUGAGACUUUUGAUUGAGUGGAUCAUGUGUAUGUAAGUGCCUAGUCUGUAGUGGCUCUUUCAUCACUUCGAUGAGCAAGCCCGUAAGGUCUGUAUUUUGUGCUACUUGAUUUAUGUGGGGAAUGGCUACAGAUGCGAUCCUUUA